GAAUUGUAACCGGACAUUUCAUUAUCGUCGGAAAGUUUUGUGUACAAAUAGAAAAUUAGAAAAUCUCGUAGAACUUCUGGACACCGUGUGAAUUCAUCAUGGAUAUCCAUGUAGAGCUAUGGAAAAAGCUUGCCGAACACCCCGAUUUCGACCUAUCCACUUAUUUAAACAAAUUCAUGUCGCUGUCAUCAAACUUGGACCAAAUUAAUUUCGUUUAUGACGAACUAGAAAAACACAGCGCCUUCCCCCAAUUUCACAAGGACGGGAAAAACGAUAUAACCUCAAUCGCGGUUAGACACGAGGGAAAUAAACUCUACAAGAAAAAUUUAUUUUCGAACGCGUUCAAUUGCUACACAGUAAGUAUUCUGGCAGCUAAAACCAAAGAAGUUUUGGCGCUUGCGUACGCCAACAGGUCAGCCGCCCUACUUAAGAUGGGUUUAUACAAGGAAAGUCUAACAGACAUCGGACGGGCUCUGGUAAACGGUUAUGCAAAUAAGGCAAAAUUGACAGCGCGCCAAGAUUAUUGUAACAUGUUUAAAAAGCCGAUUUUACCAGCGUACGAAAAAGUACCGAAAAUUCGAAACGUUGAACAGCACCCAUUCAUCCAAAGCGCCAAAAACUGUGUUGAAAUUAGACGAAACGAGCGUUUUGGAAGACACGUUGUAGCGACUAGAGACAUCAAAAUAGGCGAAGUCGUAGUAGUCGAGCAGCCCUUUGCUUUCAAGUUAUUGGAUCAGGAAUUAGUGUACUGUCACGAAUGUCUCGAACUUUGCUACUGCAACAUCCCUUGUGACCACUGCACCAGGUCCUUGUAUUGCAGUACCACUUGCAAAGACAAAGCUUUCUCCGACUACCACAAGUACGAAUGCCCUUUGUUGCAGUCCAUUAAGGGAAUUCCAGGCAGCAACGAGUCCGUCUUGUUGCCUUUAAAACUAAUUUUCCAAAAUGGCCAAAAAUUUUUCACCGAAGUUGCCCCCCAUCCAGGCGUUUAUCGUUCCGACCGUUUGCGCGAAAUCCGCGAUCUUCAAACACAUUUGGACACCACGGACCCUUUCACUGUGUUUGAAAAAUGCGCCUUAGUUGCAGGGAUUGUUCACUUGGUUAAGAACCACUCCAGUUUUCUGGAAAGUGCCUUCAGUGAGGAGCACCUCAAGGAAAAUCUUUUCAAGGUGAUGCUGAUAUGCGAGCUUAACAGUGUUGAGAUCACCGAGUUCACCCCAAAGGACAAUACAGAUAUUUUUGAAAAACAGCAAAUUGGAGCCGGACUUUACUCUUUUUGCAGCCUUUUCAAUCAUUCUUGUUGCAACAACGUUGCCAAGAAUUUCCACGGAAACACGAUUGUUCUUAGGGCAGUCAAUUCUAUCAAAAAGGGGGAGCAGUGUUUUGUUAAUUAUAGUUCCAACUAUUUGGUAGACCUGAAGCCGUUUCGCCAAGGCUACUUGACUCAGCACAAAUUUUUCACCUGCACGUGUCGAGCCUGCGAAGAGGAUUGGCCAAUAUUUACUCCUAUAGAUUUUCAAGCUAACAUAGCCCUGCACUCUUGUGACUGUUUCAACCUUCUUUUGCCGGUCGUCGUCAUCACUGGGGGUGCAAAUGUUGCAUAUGUCAAGGAGAAACUAAAGCUGUUUAUUUCUGAAAUGCAGAAGAAGGAAAAAAAAUUACCUCCUUCAAGAAACUAUUCUUUGACCAAGUAUGCUUUGUUGCAGUGUUAUAAUGUUUUAGGCAACAAGAGAAGAGUUUGAAUGGA